AUGGAUAGCAUUAUUUGCAGCAACAGGUCGCGUGAAAUUUUGAAAGAAUACAAGGAAAAUCAAGAAUUAGCAAUAGCUUUGGUUAACAAUCACAAUAACAUUGAUUUUUCGCAUAUGUUUGACGUGCUGGAACAAAUGCGACAAAAUUGGUAUUACGAGAAAGUGCGAGUGAAAACACUCGAAGAAGAGCUUCACGAAAAGAAUAAUGAGAAAGAGUCAUUUCGUUUUUAUAUUGAAUUUGUUAUUUAUAUUUUGCAGAAUACACUAUGGAAAGAAAAUCAUAUAUAUAAGGAGCAGCUUCGAGAUGCCCGAUCACAGAUCACAACCUUAAUUUCGGAGAAUAUGAGCAUGAAGCAGGAUAUCAUAGAAUGGGAACGAAAAUUUGAACUUGUUAAUGAACUUUUGAAGGAUCAAUCAAAUUUGAGUGACGAAAACAGACAUAAAUUGCUACAGAGCAGCAAGACAUGGGAAUCAAAAUCCUUUAGAAAGAAGAAAAAACGCACUACUAGCAUGAAUACUUCUUGUCGUUCCUCGAAUGAAGAAGAGAUCGAUUUCGAUAAAAGUGACAACUCUCUUGACGAGUCACGGCUGCGAAAUGGAAAGGUUUAUAGAAGGCUAGUAAUUUCAGUGUCAAGUAGUAUGAUUUCAUUAACUGCAAAUCGCUGCUCAGUAGUGGCUGGCAAGAAACAUAAGCAAAGCAUGUUGAUUAGUACAGUUGAUGAGGAGAUGACUACAUCUCCUAAACGAUCUAAAAGUGGUUCUGAAGUUGCAGUUUCAACAGCUGUUGCAGCAGAUCAUGAAGGCAAAAAGUCUCCCGUGGCUGAUGCCAUCACGAAACGUCCAAUGGAUCGUUCAUAUUCAACAGCACAACUUGAUCAGCUAGCAGAUGUGACAACAUUAACAGCAGAGACUUUAACACCACGAACUGCUAGCAGCACCACAGAUGUGCAUACUCCUGUCACUAAAACAUGGACUCAUGGUGGAUUAAUCAAAAACCGCCCACAUACCUACAUCAGCCACAGUUCAAUUCUCGGAGAUCACUGCGGUGUGUGCAAUGGUUGGAUUGGAAUUGUUGGAAAACAAGCUUACAAAUGUUAUGAUUGUGGAUUGCAUGUUCAUAAAAGCUGUACUGAAAAAGCGCCCAUGCCGUGUAUACCACGAAUUUCAACUCCUCGCACACCAAGCAAGCAACGACCACGUUUGAAAGAUCUUUGUCCUGUAUUACAACCUAUGAUACCACCAAUCCUUAUCCAUUGCAUUUUAGCUCUGGAGAAAGAUAGAAUGAGCACAGAAGGCAUUUAUCGAAUUCCUGGGGAUGAUAGUGAAGUUCAAAAGUUGUUGAAUGAGUUUCAAAAUGGCCGCAUUAUUCCAAAGUUGGAUUAUCACGAUACAGAAACGAUAACCAGUUGCAUUAAACAAUUUCUUAGCAAACUAAGAGAUCCAAUAAUUCCAACUACAUCUUGGGAAGAAUUUGUUAACGCAGCUGAAAUCGAUAGUGAAGAAGCUUUAAUUCAGGGAAUCAUGGAUUUACCUUAUGCCAAUCGAGAUACACUGGCAUUUCUUUGUGCCCACUUUCAGAAGAUUUGUGAUAAUUGCAUGCGCAACAAAAUGACGCCAAAUACGUUGUCUCGUUGCAUCGCAGCAACAAUUGUAGGCUCAGCUCCUCCAUCGGUCACAAAGGUUGAUGAGGAGGCAAAGCAGAUAAGAGUGAUGUUAGCUUUGCUUAAGAUGCCUCGAGAUUUCUGGCCAGGUUUCUACACUUUCAAAAAGGGAGUACCACUUAUUAACACUCCCAAAAAACUCUUAUGUGACGACAGUAAGACACCAGUCAGAACUCCUUAUAAAGAUCCGAACAAGUCAAUUCUAGGUCCAGUUCAAACUCCACCAUCUGGACAAGCAAGUCCUUAUCAUCCCAAAAUAUCAAGACGAAGGCAUCUCCUGGGAGAUAUUUUUUAA